GUUUCGUCGUCUCGAGCCAAAACAGAAGCCGACGCAAGCCGAGUCAAAAGAAGAAGCCGAUCCUCUCAGCAUGCGUCGAGGCGGCGAUUCUCAGCAGCGUCUCUGGCAACGGGAAUGAGUCGCGAAAAAAUCACGGCCGCGCAAGGAAGAAGCUUCUUAUCGUCCGGCGCCGUUAACGUCGUUGCAGCUGUCAUGGCGCGGCGGCAGCGCCAUCUGUGCCGAGGCGCAAAGCGACACGUCCGUAGAAAUCGAAACGGUCCCGCCCGAACCAACUGCACGCUCUUUGAAAGAGAAAAUCACGCCCGUGGAACACACUCCGUAUGGAGGAGCGUCGCCACCAUCGAGGGCUACGGAGAAGCCGAGACGAUGAGGUUUUUCAUCAUCGUCCUCAUCGUGGUCGCCUCCAUGAUCCUGGUGCUCUUGGCGCUCAUAUUGUUCGGAGUCAUGGAAGUCACCUACUAUGAAUACCCAUCCAAGACGCCGACGUCCAAAUCUCACUGACGUAUUGGCCAAGGACACCGAUGACGAGCCUUAUUUGUUAUAUAUUGAAGUAUAUCGCGCAACAGUACCUGUCCUCUUAGUGUUGAUUUCUGUGAAUAGUCUACCUAUAGUCACAACCAUCCUGCUGCAGAUUUAGUUCGUGCGUUUAGUCCAUGCGUUGUUAUUGCGUCGUACUUUCGCCGCCAACCUUCUCUGGGACAUCUGGUGGUCUUGGCCGCACAGCUCGAAGACCUGUCGCCAGACUCAAACUUAUGCGUGUCUUCCGUGGUACGUCGAGUCCGGCACAUCAGAUGGGCGAUGGCAGCAGUUUCCGGUUUAUCUCCGCUGAGCACCAGGUAGACGAACUAGAAUUACACGGGAAUGAAUCCUCAUGCAAAAUAGCCUGUUACACGUUUCUUUGUUUAAAUGUACAAAAUAUAUUCGGCGUUUCCGUACUGCAGCGUUCCGCAUGCCGUUCCAGUAAUUCCAUAUUUUGCCGUAAGAUUCUUACGUAAAUAUAUGGCAACCAUAUGGAAAACGUAUGGACUUGGAAACAUGUGGAAUUAUUUGAAUUACUUGCUCAACGUUUCAGUAUGGAUGUAGGGCGGAUGUGUCAAUCAGCGAUGAAUUGGUGGCAAGUGAACAAUCCUUUCGUGUUCACUGAUGGCUAUAGUUGUUGUUUAAACAUGAUGCAUAUCGUAGCAAGUUCCACAAGAGGCCUAGUUACGCUAUAUUGUGGCAACUGCGGAGUUGAUUGAGUUGGCCUUCCUUUUUCGUUUUCUUUCAAUAAACCUCCUCCCAGUUGCGAGCAAGCGCUUGCUAUGCGUCUAAUUUUAUCCAUGUUCUUUGAGCUGCUUCAUUCUUAAAUGGUACAUAUCCACAAGCACGCAAUAAGACAAGAACUGGAAAGUUGUAUAGAUUGCAUAACAUUUAACCCGCUUGAUUGAAGUUGAUUAAAGGUUGAUUAAAAUACUGAUCUACUAAAAUGUGUACCCCCUUCUUCCUUCUAUGUCACCUUACGCUUACUGCUCACUGAAAUCUUGUUCCAUUUGAUGAAAAGGACGGUGUACCUACAACACAUUGCACGCGAAAAUAACGGUGUAUGCGCCAAAUAUCGGUGGGCGAAGUUUUAGUUAAUAGACCGAAGAACCAAAUUAUUCUAAGAAUUAAAAUUCAAGAAAUAUACAAGUGAUAGUAUGUUUUGCAAAUAGGCAACCAAACUGACAGACAACUAUACAGUGAAGCAUCCAAGAACAAUUUAAAAUUUUUAAUGGGUAAUUUCACCACUAUAUCAACUCGUAACACUAGUUGGAAUACUAAUAAAUACGAAACUGCAAUGGUCUAAGUUUUGUUGUUGUGUCAAAACCAGCAAGGGCGUCUAGCACAUUUUAUGAUAAAAGGCCAAUCCCGAGCCUCCGGAACGAAGAACUAUUACUAAACUCAAGCUCAACCCAAGUUCACCGAGUGUAAAAGUAAGUAGGACUGCCAAAUUAGGGUGUAUAUUAUCGUAGUUUAUUUUCAGUGCAUCACGUUCGAAUAAAAUCUGACG